AUGAUUGAGUUAUUUUUCAGAACAGAAAUAGUUCAUAUAAAGAACAAAUAGUAAGAAGCUUUGAUCAAAAAAUAAAAUAUUAGGUACUCAAAAUUUAUUUAUAUAAAUAUUUGUGAAGAAAGAAAAAUUAAAUAAAUCAUAAAUAGCUAAUAAAUUUAAGAGUUUAUACUAUAAAAAAGAAUAAGUAAAGAUUUAAUAAAUAAAUAAAUGGAAACAGAAAAAAGAUUCGAAGUCAAAAAAUGGAACGCUGUUGCUCUUUGGCAAUGGGAUAUUGAAGUUGAAAAUUGCGCCAUUUGCAAGAACAACAUUAUGGAACCUUGUAUUGAAUGUGAUGCCAACUAAAACUCAAAUAGUGCUUCCGAAUGUGAUGUUGCUUGGGGUACUUGCAAUCACGCAUUCCAUUUCCAUUGUAUUUCCAGAUGGUUAAAAACUCGUAAUACUUGUCCUCUUGAUUCUCGUCAAUGGGAUUAUCAAAGAUAUGGUCGUUGA